AUGAGCUCAAGCCAAGCCUCCAGCGACGACUUCACCAGACUCAUCGGAGCCGACAACUUCGACGUCUGGAAGGCUCCCGUGUGCGCAGCCCUCGACGGAAAGCAGCUACUCGGCUUCGUGACGAAGCCCGACUACGAUGGUGUCACCGAGGACAGCGGGAGCGACAUGUCCGACGCCGACGACCCGCCGAAGACCACGCCGGCAAGACGCCUGAGAUCGAUUCCGACGCCGCUGGCUACGACGAGAGUGACGACGAUGACAAGUGACACGAUGCGGCUCCAGAUUUCUGCCCGAGCCCCACGUUGA